GAGUAACAAUUUAUUUAUUUAUUUAUGCGGAAAUUGACAAUAAUUAUGUGAUUAUUCUUAAAAAAUCUGAAGAUGUUUUUCUUAUUUUGUUCAUGGUUUUUACUUCGAAUUGCUCUAAAUGCAGGAGAAUGCCCAAGAAACUGUCGUGACUCGACAAUAAGCGGAAAUUCUUGUUGUAUAUGCGAAGUAUUCUUUGGUUGUGGAGUUACUAGGUGCAGUGAAAUAGCAGUACAAUUAUGGUCAGCUAACAGUUUUGUGAACUGAUUGGGAUGCAACGACUAUGAACAUUUCCCUACCUUUAAAUGUAUGUCUUGUCCUGUUGGAUGUGUUGGAUGUUUCGACAAUACACUUUGUCUCGGAUGUGUGAAUGGUAUGCAUGGCAAAAUAUGUAAUAAAACAUGUGGUAAAUGCAGACCGGAUAAUCAAGGCGUAGUGAAAUGUGACACUGGAUCCGGUAUAUGUACUAAUGGAUGUGUAGAUGGCUAUUAUAGUCCCCGUUGUGAUCAAGAGUGUGAACAUUGUAAACCGGGCAAUCAAAGCGUGGUAAAAUGUGACUCUAACUUCGGGAUAUGUACCAAUGGAUGUGUAGAUGGUUAUUACAGUCCUCGUUGUGAUCAAGUAUGUGAACAUUGUAAACCGGGCAAUCAAAGUGUGGUGAAAUGUGACUCUAACUCCGGGAUAUGUACCAAUGGAUGUGUAGAUGGUUAUUACAGUCCUCGAUGUAAUCGUGUUUGUGGAAAUUGUAAACCGGACAAUCUAGACGUGGUGAAAUGUGACUAUAUCUCCGGGACAUGCACUAAUGGAUGUGUAGAUGGCUAUUACAGACGUCGCUGUGAUCGUGUAUGUGGACAAUGUAAGCCGGGCAAUCAAGGCGUGGUGAAAUGUGACUUUAUCUCCGGGAUAUGUACUAACGGAUGUGUAGAUGGCUUUUACAGUUCCCGUUGUGAUCAUAUAUGCAGCGGCACUUGUUCUAAAAGAGCCUGUAGUCAACAGUCGGGCUACUGCGACAAUGGAUGUGUUUCUGGUUGGUAUGGUGAUACAUGCAAUGAUUCUUGCAGCGAUACCUGUUCUCUAAGCUCCUGCUACCAAAAAUCGGGCUUCUGUGACAAUGGAUGUGUUUCUGGUUGGUAUGGUGAAUCGUGCUGCAAAUCGUGCAGUAACACCUGUUAUAAUAAGUCCUGUGAUCAAUUGUCAGGAUACUGUGUCAAUGGAUGUGUUUCAGGUUGGUAUGGAGGCACGUGCAAUGAAACGUGCAGUGAUACGUGUUCUUUAAGCUUCUGCAAUCAAAAGUCGGGCUUCUGUGAAAAAGGAUGUGUUUCUGGUUGGCAUGGUGGCACGUGCGAAGAAUCGUGCAGUGAUACAUGUUCUUUAAGCUCCUGCAAUCAAACGUCGGGCUUCUGUGAAAAAGGAUGUGUUUCUGGUUGGCAUGGUGACACGUGCAGAGAAUCGUGCAGUAGUACAUGUUAUAAUAAGUCCUGUGAUCAAUUUUCAGGCCGCUGUUACAACGGAUGUUCGUCUGCAUACUAUGGAGAAACCUGCGAAUUAAACUGCUUGGACACUUGUAAAGAACGCGUUUGUGACAGGGAAACAUCGCGGUGUUUGUGGGGAUGUGUAGCAGGAUAUCAAGGAGCAUUCUGUAAUAUGACUAUGAACAUCGGUCCUGAUUUUGUUUUAGUUGGCUUAGCAAGCAGUCUGGCUGGAGUUAUAAUAUCACUUGUAUUCACCUUAAUUAUCUGGUUUAUAAGAAGAAGAGUUCUCAGAGGCAAGCAAUAUUACAACAUUCAAGUGUCUACCAGAGACACCUUAGCGCCAACAUAUGACGAAGUAUCAGAUAUCGAUGAUACAAUAGAGGAACAACGUAUUAGUGGUAGCCAUUUAUACAUGGACAUUGGUACCUCCCAGAUAUCUAGGAGUAUACAUGAAUCUGUACCCAACACACAAAACAGUUGUGAUAACGAAAUCGCUGGUAAUUGCGCAACAACACUCGCAGUUGAAGAAACCAUUAAUAACACUCUGUUUGUAUAUGCAAACGCUCAUAACCUUUCUUCAUUGCACUCUGAAGCCAAUAAAAGCAAUAAUGGUGAAUCCGGUGAAAUUCUUACAACCAGUUUCAUUUCUUUAGAUAAUGCCGAUGUUCACAGAAAUAAUUCAAACCUAUCAAGAAAAUAUCAUGAAAUAUCUAACAUAAUACCUGAUUAUGAUCAUAAUAUUGAAAUUGAAAGGAAUCAUACCAGUGACGGCUAUGAAAUUCCUAUAUCCGGUACAUGUUCUGCUGCUCAGAAUGCCGGAGCAAGCGGAGCAUGUCUAUCCGGACAAUGUAACAGAAUGACUGACUUAGCUACAAGUCCAACAAGAGAUUCAAAGAGAACACAGAACAAAAACGUGGUUUCCACAAGACACCAGCACAUAGAUGUUAAUGACAUCAACCAGACACUACAAAAUGCUAGAGAAGAUAAACGCAAUUCAAGUUCGUCUGGGUUCGAUAUUGUCAUACCGCUGGAAACACAAGAGAAGGUAAAAGAAGAAGACAGUGACAGCUUGAAUUAUAUACAUCCAGUGAACUAAAAUUGUACUAACAUUCAAAACAAACAUUACUUUCCUUUCGAAUUAGCAUUAAUGUAUAAACUUAAAUGCGUCGAACAUUAACCGAGCUAAAUGCGGCAUUGUUAUAUCGACAUUGAUUGAGUUCUUAACUUUACAGUGCAUUAUCAUCACCCAAAGUUGCAUAUGAAAAAAAAGUAUUAUUGUAGUGGCAUUUGCUGACGUUAAAGAACAUAAAAUGAAAAAUGUCGUGCAUUUUCUGAGGUAAUGCGGUAUUGAAGCAUUUAUACAAUUAGUCAGAUAGUGCAUAUGCUUUCCACAUCUUUAAUUAACCUUAACUGUAGUUUAUACGAUCAACGACGGAAUUGUAUUACAAUAAAGGGCAACGAUGAUACAUUGUUCUGUAAUUAGGCAUUGUGAUUUAUCAGAAUUUAAAGGUACACGUGACAAGCUUUGUUUGAAUAUUGUAGUUUCAAAUAUAAAAGUUUCUAAAUGACUAGUCUGUAGAGCUCUUUCUUGAUGUUAAAUAGUCCUGAGUAGUUUUAUAACGUUAUAAUUGUUCUGUAAAAAGUAGUAUCAAGUACAUAUUUUAACCGUUUGAAUCAUGUCUCUACGGAAAUAAUUUCUGAAGCAAUGUCUCUUUAGUAUACAUUGCUAAAGACAAUAAUUAUUGUUUCUUUUUCUGAACUUUCAACUUCCUUAGUUAAUCAUCGUUAGUAUAUACGGAAAUUAAAAAAAAUAACCCACUAAAGAAUUACUUCAGAAUAAAUUCGUUUGCUAAACUACAUGGCAGUACAGUCAUUUGCGAGUGUGUGGAUAUGUUUCUAAAAUAACAGGUUUGAGUCACUCAGAUCCUGCAGUAAAUAAUUUGUAAAAGUUUCAUCAUAU